UCGGCAGUUCAAUACAUUUACUACGAUCUCCACCAACGGUUUCUGCUGUCGUUUUCAGUGUAGACCAUGGGCCGGUGGUGUUGGACUUGUGUUACGUAAUUCUGUGAAUUGAUACCGGAUCAUCGCGAGUGUUGUGGCUUUAAUAUCUGAGGCGGUGUAAACAAAACUAACUUAACAGUGUCGGGUCUGUGGUUACUACUGUUAAUUAGUGAGCAGGAUACGGUUAAUUAGUGACUUUGCCGCGGCUAAUUAGUGACCUGGCAAGAGUUAAUUAGUGUCCAACAAAGACUGAUGAUGUCGGACGUGGAGGAACAACAAGAGUUCACGCGGCCUGGUUCUGGGAAUAAGGUCAAACCCAUGGACGCUCACUUAAACAAUGCCAAAGACAAUGACAAUGAAGUGUCCAAUACAGGCAUUGGCUGCUGUGGCUACAUCCUUUGGGCCCUGUCCUUGCUGAUGAUCAUUUGUACCUUCCCAUUCUCUCUGUGCCUGUGUAUCAAGGUUGUGCAGGAGUAUGAGCGUGCAGUUAUUUUUAGACUGGGUCGUCUUGUCUCUGGUGGUGCUAAGGGCCCAGGUCUGUUUUUCAUCAUUCCCUGCAUGGACUCCUACACUAAAGUUGACCUCAGGACUGUGUCCUUUGAUGUCCCACCACAGGAGGUGUUGACCAGAGACUCAGUGACCGUUGCCGUGGACGCUGUUGUGUACUACCGCGUCAAAAACGCCACCAUGUCCAUCACCAACGUGGAAGACGCCAACAGAUCCACGCGUCUGCUGGCCGCCACCACCCUGAGGAACGUUCUGGGCACCAAGAACCUGAGUGAGAUCCUGUCAGACCGAGAGAACAUCAGCCACCUUAUGCAGACAUCAUUGGACGAGGCCACUGAUCCGUGGGGUGUGAAGGUUGAACGUGUGGAAGUUAAAGAUGUCCGCCUCCCAGUCCAGCUACAGAGGGCCAUGGCUGCUGAAGCUGAAGCUUCCAGAGAAGCCAGAGCUAAGGUGAUUGCAGCAGAGGGUGAGCAGAAGGCCUCCCGCUCCCUGAAGGAAGCCGCAGACAUCAUGAUCCAGUCACCAGCCGCCCUGCAGCUCCGCUACCUCCAGACUCUCAACACCAUCUCCGCAGAGAAGAACUCCACCAUCAUCUUCCCCCUGCCCAUUGACAUGCUGUCUGUUUUCAUGAAAAAGUAGUGGGGGCAGCCAGGUGUGUCUGUUAUCACUAAGAUGAUUUUUUACAACUCUCAGUUAUAAUAGGGUACAACAUCAGCUAUUUAGAGGGUAAACAGUCAAAUGGAUAGACUGAUACACAUGUGAUCAAAAUUUACUUUGGGUCAUUUAAAAUUUAAAUGGUUCAGUUUUUUUAAAAAAAUAAAAAAUUCUAUUACUUUAAUUUUUUAUUUCAACAUCAAUGAUCGGGUUUUAAUAUUUUAAAAAAAAGUGUUUUUUUUUUACAUUUUAAAUGAAGACCAAAUACUCCAGUAGUUUUUUUUAUUCUAAUUGUUUUCUUUAUGUUAUUUAUAGACAUAGACUAGACUUUUUAAAAAACAACUCACCACACUCCUAACAUCAAAACAGAAGAGUCUGUUUUUAAACAACUUGUUAACGAACUUAAAUUUUAAAAUUUUCAUACACCAGUGCAACUUAAUGUCAUUUUUAAUUUAAUUUUCAACUACAAAUUUCUGUUGCUUUAAAUAUACUUUAAAGGUGUACUUUUUUUUUUACAUACCUUUUGGAAAACUUAUACAACUUACUGUAGGCUACUUGAUAUUUUUUUUUAAAGAUAAAAUACAGGUACAAAUUUUCAUAAUUUUUUGAAUACUUUAAAGAAAAGAAUUUUUAAAACAAUUAUACUUUACAUGUGAUUGAAAAAACAGCACCAAAAGGGGAAACUUAGGUGAAUGUUUGUGUCAUGUGAUGUGUUAACUCUUCUGUGUUUGGAAACACAAAUGGAAUCUUUCAGCUGCCUUGUUGAAUGUUUGAUAUCACUUGAAGAGAUUCCGCCUUUUUUUUACGGCACAUUAAUCAGUAGUUUGUUUUAAUUGUAGCUAAACUCAUUGUUUUUAGGUUCAUAAUUAUCUAAUGCUUUUAAGUUUAAUUGUUAACUUAUCAUUUUUUAAAUGUCUAUGCCGUAAGGCCUGAAUUAUUUUUCUAUUAAAAAUUAUUAUAUUUACAUUUGAUGUAUAUUGUAUACAAUGUGUAAUAAUAGAUAUUUAGUACAUAUUUUCCAUUUAUACCAAAAUGAAUUGUUUGGUAACGUCAUAUAAGCUAAAAUAUUAGCUAAAAUAAAACAGCAAAAAGGAUUUAUCCUCAUUUCAUAAUCAGACAAAUUAUGUGAAAGUUGGUAAAUGAAAAUGUGUCAAUUUUUUUCCCAGAAAGCUUUAUAUGAGGUCAGUCAAAGAACUAAAAUCAAGCUUAAAUUUUUUAAAUGUACUUUAUCCAUCCAAGUACUAUCAUAUAAUUAAGUAAGGCCAUCAUAUGAAUUAUAUGAGGGGUUUAUAACUAUUAUGUGAAUAUGUUUUUCUAUUUUCCUGUCCAUUUUGACUGUCCCAACUUUGCCUUUUCUAUUGAACAUAAUGAGCCCAUAGUCUGUGAUUUGCCAGUUUGUACAUAGCACCUGUAGAUUAAUAUCUAACAGGCUUGUCUUUUUGGUUAAAUUGUUCAAAGUCUUGAUUCAACUGAUUUUAAAAUUAUAUUUUGGUUAAAAAAACAUAAUAAAACAACUUAAAUUGUUUACAACUACAGAAUUUAAAAACAAUUAGUCCUGAUUUUAAUUUGAUUAAUUUGUCUUGGAAUUUAAAAAAAAAUAAUAACUGAUUCAUUGUAGUCAAAUUUUCAUUACUUUCUACCUAAAGCCAUAAAUGGACAAACCAAUUUCAGUGAUACAGUUGGAUUAAUCCAGAAGGAAAACAAGUGUUUCAUUUCUUUAUAAAUUAUGCAGUCUUGUAUUUCAUAUCUUCAGACUAGCGUUCAUUCAAUUCAUCAUAUGCACAUAUGCCAGAUGUGUGACACAUUUUCUUUUGUUGUUUUAUAAAUUACUUUUUUUUUU